AUGACCAAGGAAGGCAUUAGCUGGUCCCAAUUACUGAAGGACACCAUUGUCACAGCUCAACAUGGUAAUGACGGCAACCGAAUUGCCACGGCAACCGAGACUCUACAGCAAACAGCACAGCAAUUCGUCAAGGUGCUCAAUGAGCGUGCCAGGCUUUUAUCCAACAGUGCACAAUUUGAUACAGCGUUACGUGAUGCAGCAGCAAUAAGAACCAUAUUACCAGGAUCAGGGCUUGGAUAUUUGUGUAUGGGAGACGUGUAUUGUCAACAAGGGCAUCAUGCAGCAGCGAUUUCCAUGUACGACCAAGGGCUUGAAGCAGCACCCGAAUCAAAUCAAUUUUAUCAUCAGCUUCAGCAACAUCGAACGACUGCAGCAACCAACAACAACAAACGCGUCGAUUUUAUCAGCCGGUUGCCAUUGGAUAUUGUGAUCACCAACAUUGUACCAAGGAUGGAGUCAAGGUUAUUUUCGCAUGAGUUGUAUGGGCCUCUUUAUGUAUCACGUACAUGGCGGAAACGUUUCUUGCAGCAACCUCACGGCUUGGAUUAUCAUUUUGGCUACGAGAAUGACACCUUCAAGACGGGCCAUGAUCAACUUGUCCGAUUUGCACCUAUGUUCAGAGCUUAUCGGGAAGCACGGUGGGAGAUGCACGUUUGGAUGAUCUCUUUUCUCGUGGACACUUUGCCAACCUUAAACAACUUGAGCUACGCUGUAAGUGCCUUUACCAGCCUUCGUGGUCCAUUUAUAAACGGCUUGCAAUUGAUUGCUGGUUCACUGACGCACUUGACCAUUUCCGUGUAUCCAGAUGGUGUUGAUUUACGUGGUAUUUUGGAAUCAUGUCCAAACCUUACGUCUUUGGCAGUGGAGGAAAUGGACACUGUCAUACCUUCUUUACCAUCAUCAUCAUGUUAUCCCAAGGUGGCUCAUCUUGCACUUCACGUCGUAUCAGACCCACCUCCCGCCCACAAUGAGAUGAUAAACCUCCUCAGCCAGUUCCCUUCUUUGUUAUCAUUCGAGAUCACGCCAAUGCCUCCAUCCAGUGUCUUGAGAAUUCUACACGAGCAUUGCCCUUAUCUACAGGCUCUUUAUUACGGUGACAGGAAGCUGGACUCCAACAAGUUCAAUGUUCAUCCAAAUCGGAAGGAGAUCAGAUUGGCUCAUAUAGGUGGUGGCGAUAACAUGUGUCAUCAAGACGACCUGAUCCAGUUCUUGUAUUUGCAUCAAAAUUCACUCGAAAGGAUUGUAUUCGAUGCCGAGAUUGAUGUUGUGAAUCGUGUUUGGAGGUUACACAACGACCAAGUAGUACCGUUGGGAGAUGAAGAUCCACCUUUGCUUUCUGAAUAUGACCCCACACAAUCAAAAGCUUCGUUCUCGCAGCUGGUGGACAUUGAGGUUUCGGAUCCAGAUCCAGCUAGAAGCGAGGCCCUUCUCACGUGGUUGAUAUUGAACACGCCCAAUCUUAAAGCUAUGAGGCUCUCCCAUUCCCACCUUGAAGAAUCUCGUUUAGCAAAUGUGAUGACUAGGUCGGAGCGCCUUACCAAGUUGAGGGUGGAUGGAGAGUGGAUAAAUUAUGACUUUGGUGGCAUCACUGGAUUCUUGGAGUUUCAUAUUGCAAAGGGGAACCAGUCAACGCUCGAAGAAUUGAUCCUAUACAUGAAUACAGAGAUGAAUGAUGGAGUAAGGUUGCUAUCUUUGAUUUCCAGACUGAAAUGCCUCAAGAGCCUGGAAAUAGUCUCUGUUCAUGUGCCCGAGUAUUGGAAACCAGCGUUCAAAGCCAUAGGCCAAGGGUGUCUUGCGCUCGAAAACUUGACUCUCGGUUGCAUUGGUGCCAUGUAUGAUGGAGGUCUCAUAAAGCCUCUGCAUAAACUUCCAAAUCUCAAAUGUCUCAGCAUUGGAGGAAGACCAUUACCCAGCGAAGACCUUCUCGCCUUGAUUGAAUUUCCCAAGUUAGAACGCCUCUAUCUCCACUGUCAUGUACCCGAUGUUAUUAUGAAGAUGUUGCGUAAUCAUAUACCAAGAGUCAUUAUUCCAUAA